AUGGAGUUUAAUAAAGAAAAGCAAGUCAGGUUUCACUAUGAGGAAAAACGAAAUCUUGAAGUUUUCUGGGAACAGAAUGAUGCCCAAUACCUUGAAAAACAACUGCCUCUGUAUAAAACUUCAGGCCCUUUAAGGAAAUCUGAAGGUGGAUUUGGGGACAAGACAAGAACAAAUAAGAUUCCUAAAUUAGGAAAGUUUAAGGUUUUUCCAGAAGGUCACGAACCAGAGAGAAAGACAGUACUUGAUCCUGGAAUGAAUGAAGGGAAUUCAUCAUGUAUGCGAACUGAUUUGAAUUUGGGAAUUAUCAUUACCUGUUUUAGGACAGUGGCAGAUAUAUUCUAUCUGUUGCAUGUAGUCAUAAAAUUUAGGACUGCUUAUGUAUCUCCUAGUUCAAGGGUGUUUGGCAGGGGUGAACUUGUCAUGGAUCUGAAAAAGAUUGCAAGAAGGUACUUGAAAUCGGAAUUCUUCAUCGAUGCAAUUGCAGCACUUCCCCUUCCUCAGAUUGUCAUAUGGUCGAUAUUACCAGCAAUUAGAAGCUCCCAUGCUGAUCAUACAAACAACGCCUUGGUAUUAAUAGUCCUCAUCCAGUAUAUCCCAAGAUUAUAUCUGAUUUUUCCAUUGAGCUCUCAAAUUAUCAAAGCUACAGGAGUCGUCACAAAAACAGCCUGGGCCGGGGCUGCAUACAAUCUUGUACUCUAUAUGUUAGCAAGCCAUGUAUUGGGAGCUUCCUGGUACUUGCUAUCAAUUGAGAGACAUGCUACUUGCUGGAAAUCAGCUUGCAGGAACGAAUCGAAAAGUACUAAGUGCUCCCUUAAAUUUUUGGACUGUGGUACUCUGGGACGUAGUGACAGAAAUAUGUGGGUAGACAGCACUACUGUUUUCAAUUAUUGUAAUCCAGAGGGUACUUCAAACUUUAAUUACGGGAUAUUUGGAAAUGCCAUUGGAAACCAAGUUGUCUCGUCUGCAUUUCUCGAGAAGUACUUCUACUGUUUAUGGUGGGGUUUACAGAACUUGAGUUCUUAUGGCCAGACAUUAAUGACGAGCACGUUUAUUGGUGAAACAUUGUUUGCGAUACUCAUUGCCAUACUGGGGCUAGUUCUGUUUGCCCAUUUAAUUGGAAACAUGCAGACCUACCUGCAAUCUAUUACUGUGAGGCUCGAGGAGUGGAGGCUUAAACGUCGAGACACUGAGGAGUGGAUGAGGCAUCGCCAACUCCCUGAAGAUCUGCAACAACGUGUCAGGCGUUUUGUACAAUACAAAUGGCUUACAACAAGAGGUGUUGAUGAAGAAUCUAUCCUUCAAACCUUACCUACAGAUCUGCGUCGUGAUAUCCAACGCCACCUUUGUUUAGACCUUGUUCGGCGUGUCCCCUUCUUCUCACAGAUGGACGAUCAGCUUCUUGAUGCCAUAUGUGAGCGCCUAGUGUCAUCCUUAAGUACUCAGGGUACCUACAUUGUUCGGGAGGGUGAUCCCGUAACAGAGAUGCUCUUUGUUAUAAGAGGAACACUGGACAGCUCGACUACAAAUGGAGGCAGGACGGGAUUCUUCAAUUCGAUAACAUUGAGACCGGGUGAUUUUUGUGGGGAAGAACUGCUCGCAUGGGCUUUGGUCCCUAAGUCUACCCUCAACUUGCCUUCUUCAACAAGGACAGUCCGAGCCCUUACUGAAGUCGAAGCUUUUGCACUAAGAGCAGAAGACCUUAAGUUUGUGGCAAAUCAAUUUAGACGCCUUCAUAGUAAGAAACUGCAACACACAUUUAGGUAUUAUUCUCACCACUGGAGGACAUGGGCCGCUUGUUUCAUCCAGGCACGGACCGCAGCAAUAUCCUUCUCUAUGCUGGCUAAACGCCUAAGCAUGAGAGAGUCAUUUUCUUAUUCUCGUGACGAGCAAUUAUCUGAUGAAAAUGGUCAAGAGGAGGACGAAAAAAAGAGUACAGCAGCAAAUUCUUCUCAGGUGAAACAACACUUGGGAGUCACAAUACUGGCUUCGAGAUUUGCUGCCAACACAAGACGAGGAGCGCAAAAACUCAAGGACGUUGAAUUACCAAAGUUGCAGAAGCCUGAGGAGCCAGACUUCUCAGCUGAUCCCUAUGAUGACUAG